AAUGCAUCCCCCACCAUUCUCAAAUUCAGACACAUACUCGGGCUGUCCUUCUCUCUCUCUCUAUCUCUAUCUCUAUCUCUCGCAUCUUCACUCACACUGCAACCUUCUCCCCUUCUCUAUCUUCAAUAAUCCAAACAAAGAUAAUAAAUACAGAAUUUGCUGAAUGGGCAGAGAAUGAACCUCUGGACAGACGACAACUCCUCCGUUAUGGAGGCCUUCAUGACCUCCUCCGACCUCUCUUCCCUCUGGCCUCCGCCACCUCCUCCCCCUCAAUCCGCCUCCUCUGCCGCCGUAUUUAAUCAGGAUACCCUCCAGCAGCGCCUCCAGGCUCUCAUCGAAGGGGCUAGGGAGAGCUGGACAUAUGCUAUUUUCUGGCAGUCUUCCUAUGACUACCCCUCCUCCGCCUCCACCGCCGUCCUCGGCUGGGGCGACGGCUAUUACAAGGGCGAUGAAGACAAGGGAAAGGCCAAAUCCACCAAAACCACCACCCCCGCCGAGCAGGAUCACCGUAAAAAGGUCCUCCGCGAGCUCAAUUCCCUGAUUUCCGGCUCCGCUGCCGCCCCCUCCGACGAUGUCGAAGAGGAAGUCACCGACACCGAGUGGUUCUUCCUAGUCUCCAUGACGCAGUCCUUUGUAAGCGGGACGGGGCUCCCCGGCCAAGCUUUCUACCACUCGAGCCCGGUCUGGCUCACAGGCCCGGACAGACUCGCCGGUUCGUCGUGCGAGCGGGCCAGACAAGGCCAGGUAUUCGGGCUCCAAACCCUGGUUUGCAUACCUUCCUCAAACGGGGUGGUUGAGCUUGGCUCCACGGAGAUGAUCUUCCAAAAUCCCGAUCUGAUGAACAAGGUUAGGAUUCUCUUCAAUUUCAAUAGCAACAGCAUCGACGUGGGCUCAUCGUGGCCGUUAACCGGCAGCACAACUACCACAGCCGCCGAUCAAGGUGAGAACGAUCCUUCUUCAUUAUGGCUUAACGACUCUGAAAUUAGGGAUUCUGUUACCACCGUUACUACCGUCACAACGACCACUCCUGCCUCGGUUAUUUCCGUUAACCCUGGUUCGAGCGCCUUGGCAGAAACCCCAAGCUCCGUUCACUUGCCGAAUAAUAACAACAACACGCACGCUGGUGGCGCGUCUCAAUCGCAGAACCGGAGCUUCUUCUCAAGGGAGUUGAACUUUUCGGAGUUUGGAUUUGACGGUAGUAACGCCGUCAAAACGGGGAACGGUCAGCAUCACUCGCUCAAGCCGGAAUCUGGUGAGAUUCUGAGCUUCGGCGAGAGCAAGAGGAGCUCGUAUGGCGGAGGUGGAGGCGGAGGCGGAGGAGGUGGAAACGCGAACUUCUUCUCCGGCCAGUCGCAGUUCGUUGCCGCAGCCGAGGACAACAACGGGAAAAAGAGGAAGUCACCGAAUUCGAGAGGAAGCAACAACGACGACGGCAUGCUCUCUUUCACAUCCGGUGUGAUUCUUCCGCCGUCGAACAUGAAAUCCAGUGGCGGAGGCGGUGAUUCCGACCACUCAGACCUGGAGGCCUCGGUGGUGAAGGAGAACGAAAGCAGCAGAGUGGUGGAGCCGGAGAAGCGGCCAAGAAAAAGAGGGCGGAAGCCGGCGAAUGGCAGAGAGGAACCGUUGAACCACGUGGAAGCGGAGAGGCAGAGAAGGGAGAAGCUCAACCAGCGAUUCUACGCCCUCCGUGCCGUAGUUCCAAACGUUUCAAAGAUGGACAAAGCUUCACUCCUUGGCGACGCCAUUUCCUACAUCACAGAGCUCAAAUCAAAGCUUCAAACCCUCGAAUCAGACAAAGAUGGCUUAGAGAAGCAGCUUGAUUCACUGAAGAAGGAUCUUGAUAAUGUCAAAAAGGAAGCUUCUUCAGCUCCUCCUCCUCUUCCAGACAAGGAACUAAGGAUGUCCUCCAACAACCUUGUAGGUGGUGGGAAGCUUAUUGAUUUGGAUAUAGACGUGAAGAUAAUUGGCUGGGAUGCAAUGAUAAGAAUCCAAUGCAGCAAGAAGAACCACCCUGCCGCGAGAUUGAUGGCAGCCCUGAUGGAGCUGGACUUGGACGUCCACCACGCCAGCGUGUCUGUGGUGAAUGAUUUGAUGAUACAACAGGCAACAGUGAAGAUGGGUAGCCGGUUUUACACGCAGGAGCAGCUCCGGUCGGCGCUAACAUCCAAAGUUGGUGGUGAUGUACGGUAGAUUUUCUCCACAAAAUGUGAGGAAUCAUCAUGUGUUUGGUGGUGCUCCUGAAUGUGUGUGAUGUCAUUCACUUGCUCCUGGUCUUUGUGGUGGGCUCUGGGAUAUUUUAAGGCCUUCCCGGUAGCAAUCUCUGUAUGAUAUAAGUUCUACUUCUUUUGUAACUCUUUUGGGGUUUCUUCUUUCGUAGCUUAGUAUCUGAGUUUUGAGGUAGUUUGAUUUGGGAAGCUGGAUGUAUCACUAGAACUAGCUAGCUAGGGACGAGGACACUUUUUUUUAAAUCAAAUCUGUGGGCAACAAUAGGUGUAGCGUUGAUGAAGUAAUUAGUUAAGAAAUAGGAUAUUUUUGUGUUCAUAUAUUGUCUAUCUAGAUUACAUUAUGUAUAUAUGCUUUUAAUAAAGUGAACCUCAUAAAAUUUCUGAGUUGUA